CAGCCCACCUACUGCCAGCCACACGUGACGUCACCAAAACAUUAUCACCAAGGUGCAUUGUGGGGCGGAGGAGUCCUCCAACAGGUCGGGACCAGGUUAUAUGAGAGGGAGGGGGUACCCGAGUGACUCUUUUUUCAAUGAAAUCCACCUGCUCUUCAUCUCUCUUGUAUUAGUGAGAUUGUCCCAAGCAGGUUUCCUACCAGAGCCGACAUGGAGCGUCCAGAGAGAAGGCUGCCUGUAGCUUUCCUCCUGCUUCUGCCUCUUCUGUCUGUCAGCUGUGUCUCCAAUCCAAGAACUAUAGUCUCCUGGUGUGUAUUGUCUGACGCUGAGGAGCAGAAGUGUCUGGAUUUGGCCGGGAACGCUACAUCUCAGAAUAUAAGAGGGACUUUGCAAUGUGUCCGUGGCCUGAACACCAGAGAUUGUAUUGACAAAAUCAAGAAUGGGACAGCAGAUGCAGCCUCCAUGACUGCAGAUGACAUCUAUGCUGCUGGCCUCUGCCAUGGCCUAGAGCUGGCUGCAGGAGAGUCCCACAACAGAGUGGAUGGUAUUAGCUACUACGUGGUAGCGAUGGCACGUCGCUCGUCCUCAGACCUGUCCCUGCUGGAGAUGCACGAGCGUAGCUCCUGUCACCCCGGCAUACGCACCACGGUGGGGUGGACUGUUCCUAUUGGCUAUCUGGUCAACACUUCUCAGAUCAGCGUGGGGGAGCAGUGCAACUUUCCCAGAGCCGUUGGCAACUUCUUUGGUUACAGCUGCGUGCCCGGUGUUAAGGACCCCCGGCACGACCCCAGAGGCAACAACCCCAAGAACCUGUGCGAGGCCUGUAUAGGAGACGAGAACGACAGACACAUCUGUGCCAGCAACCACAGAGAGAGGCACUACGGAGAGGCAGGGGCACUGAGGUGUGUGGCGGAGAACCUCGGCGACGUGGCCUUUGUCAAACACACCACGGUUUUUGACAAUUUGGAUGGUAAGAACCAGGAGUCCUGGGCCCUGGAUCUGGAGCUGGAGGACCUGAAGCUGUUGUGCCCAGAUGGAACUGAGGCGGGUCUGGAUGAGUAUGAACGAUGCCACCUGGCAGCCGUCCCUGCUAAUGCUGUGGUGGUGCGCAUGGAAGACAAGUGUCGUGUCUGGAAGUACCUGGAACGUUUACAGAAUGUGUUUGGCAACGCAACCGAGGGUUUCAGCCUGUUCAGCUCGGCAGGCUAUGGCGAAUCCGAUCUGCUCUUCAGUGAUGCCACCCACCACCUGCAGAGGGUUCUGGGUAGCUACACCUCUUGGCUGGGCCCCACUUACACCACCAUGCUGCAAGCCUUCGAGUGUGAGGGCUUCUGCUGAUGGAACAGGAGGAAGACAUCCAGCGCAUCAACUUCCACCCCAUCCCUGAGUCUCCGUCUUCCCGCUCUGCCUUCCCUCCCUGCCAUAUGUAUCCCUCUGCCACUCCAACUUGCCAUCUCUCACGCUUUUCGCUUUGCUUUUUGUGUCACGUUUUCUCCCUGCAUUUCACUGCCCCUGCUUUGUUAUUAUAUCCUUGUCCUCCUGCAACCUAGUACUUCCUCUAGUGUGCUGGCUGGCAGGGUAGGACAUCGCUAAGAAGGGAUAAUCAGCUAAUACAAGAUUUCAGGAAAAACGUCCCUGAAAUUGAGCUUAGGUUUAAAAAGGAUGCUGGAAAGAAAGGGUAGGAAAUAGAAAAGAAUAGGGAUAGAAAUAACAAUAACAUAGAAAAGAUGUGCAGGUUAAUGAGUGUUGUGGUUCGUAUGUUAUUGACAGAUUUUGAAAAGAGGAUUUUGAUUUUAGUGGAAUUACCCCCUUAAACAUGAAACGUCUCCCCCAAUAUUGAUUUAUACAUACAAACAAAGUCUUGUUAAAUGUUCCUACCCUGUGUGUUUGCUGGGAAAUGAUGUCUUCUUGUUGCAUUACUCUAAGCUUCAGUACCACCCAUAUACCCACCUCCCCCCCAACCCUCCUCCCACAGGGUCUGUCUCUGGCACUGAACAACUGGGUGCUAUUAACUUUGAGCUUAGAAGUCUCAGUUACUGUAUGUGUGUGUGUCUAUGUGUGUGUAUACACUUUUUCCCACAGCCAUUAUUGCCCUAAUUGGAAGUCUGGCAUAUCAUACUGUUUGUGUGUGAGUGAGAAGAAGUGUGUGUAUGUGCAUGUCUGUGUACGUUUAUGUGCCUAUGUGUUAGGGUGUUGAUAGGAUUGCUGCUUUCCCAUGGCUUGUAUAGCUUACGACUUUGGAUCACUGCUUUCUCACGUCUGGUAUAGUGGACCAGAGCAUGCCAGCUCACAGUGUAUUGUUACACUAUACAGUUAGGAGAAACUGGAUUAGGGCUUUGGGUUGUCUCCAGUGACCCCUGAGUAAGCCGGUUUUUUUUAAAAGCUUUGAUAAUUUUCUUAUCUGUGACAACAUUUGCAUAACCCAAAACUCCCAAAAUGUGCACUCCAAACCCUACUUUGUCUGUCCUGCUUCAACACAUUAAGGAAUAUGUGGACUCUUCUACAAUUUAUCAUUUAUACUUUGAGAUUGCUACCUAUAGUGAGAUGUUGAUAACGAUAGAAGGUAAGCGUUGCUAACAAGAGGAUGUUCGAGGAUGGUGUUACAAGCAGAAAUUAGUCAGUGCAGUGUGUCAUAUUAUCAAAGAAUUGUCAUGAAGGAGAGAAUUACCAAAUUAAUGUGCUAUGAAGAAACAGCGAUUGUCAAAAAAAUCCAGAGGAUCAUUUAUUUUUCUGACAUGUUUAAGGAACUGUAAUUAAAGAGUCACGGUUAAAUCACCAACCUUACUUGACCUACGGAAUCAUGUACUGUAAAACGUGUAACAGACUGUAAUUCUGGGCUUUACUUGUCAUCUCCACUUUUAUUAUUUCUUUCACAUUAUACACCACAGAGCUCGGCAAUAAACUGAUAAACCGGA